AUGGGCAUAAAGAGUAUGGAGGUUGAAGAUGAAAGCUUUGUGGUGGAGACUGUGGAAAUUAUCAAACGCCCUGGCCAGACUUUAGGGUUUUAUAUCCGUGAAGGGAACGGGUUCGAUCGCUCAGAUGGAGUUUUUAUUUCGCGGAUUCAGAUGGGUACAGUGGCUCAGACAAACGGAUUGUUACAUGUUGGGGAUGAGAUUGUGACUGUUAAUAAUGUCAAAGUUGGAAACAUGUCUCUGGAUGAUGUGGUUAUCCUCAUGUCUAUACCUAAGAAGCUGGUACUCACUAUACGAACCAGGAGAAACAGCAGCAAAAACAAAUCCUGCCCAGCUCUUCCAGUUGUGGAAAAAUCAGAGCCACCUAUUGUUGUUUUAAAAAAGGGCAGGUCUUCUUCGGCGUCUGCACUGGAAAUGACCGAGAAAUGCCCAGAUCUGUAUGAGCCGGGACAGACUUAUUCACAGUAUCCCUUCCAGUCUGCAGAUUAUACCCCACGACGAGAGCUCAGUCAGGAUAGACAAGGACAAGGUUCUUCAAGAUAUGCGAGCAUUUUCAUCAGCCCACAACGAGCAGAAGCGAAGUUGAUGACCGAGGAUGGUGUGGAGAGUAGUAACUCCAGCGAGGGAUCUCUGCCACGAAGUGUUGAAUCCAGCAGAGAAAGAGCUUAUGUUGGUCAGGAAAUUGCGGAUAUUCCUAAAUCAGGGUAUAUGAGUGUUACCAAUCCUAUUUACGAUCACUUCUCCAGUCUUGAAUACAAACAUCAUUUGAUGCCCGAGAGCAUGGGCAGGAAAGCAGCAUUGCCAAAAUCUCCAACAAAACAAAUCCCCAUAAGCGCAGCUUCCCAAAUGCACGGGUUCAGGAGUUGGUCACUGCAGGAGUCGAGUCCAUCAUUCUCCGAGCCACCUUAUAUAAAUGUAGGGGCUUUGAGAGAAGGGGGCUUACAACAGCAUUACCAGCUUCAUCAAUCUUCUCUGAAACGUCAAGAAAGACUUCGCACCCUCCUCAACUCUAAAACAAAAUAUGGCCGGCUUCUGCGAAGCCGAUCUCCCGAGUGCUACAACUCGGACUCCGAGCUGAUGUUCACACAUCAACAACAGAUGGAUGCACGUGGCUUCGCUUCGGACUAUGAGACAUACGGUGGGGCGUUCAGUGAUGACGAGCCUGUGUACUCUAUACCACGUAUUCCAACCAGCUCCUCAUCCGAGCUGGAAAUGCUUCUAAAGAAGUUCACCACACUUUCCCAGGAGCUUCAGCAGGAGCAGAGCAAGCUGCAGCGGCAACUCAGCACUCGAGACAAAACUGGCAGAAGCAGCCAGUUGCCCCUGUCUCGUGCGGAGAGUCUAUCCGGCGACGAGUAUGGAUGUGCACCUCUGUCUGGGCAAGGCUCUCCGGGUCCUGUACGACGGGCAGCUUCCACACAAACUCCAGUCCUUCCAUCGCGACUCAUCCGCCAAGCUAGCGCUGACACGUCGCCCUUCAUGUACAGCGCCUUCCAGCACGAAUCUCACACAGACCUUACUGGCAGAUCCCUCUCGGGGACCACCUCCUUAACUGGAGCCUUAUCCAUGUCGAUAGCUGGUGGCCUGUCCUUAUCUACCUCACAGACUUCUAUUCAACUGGGAAAGCAAGCAGAUCCUUCAGUUCUCUCACAGAGGCCCGCAGCUGGGAGAUUGCGUGAUCUCCAGUUCAAUCGCAAGCCGUUACAUAUACCAUACAGCGAAUUUGAACCAUACAAGGCAGACAUGAAGAAACGGGUAGAGCUAACCAGAGCAGGAGGGUUAGAUGGAUUACUCAGCAUUCACAUCAUGUCUGGCCAAUGCUUGAAAUCUUCCAAGACAAGCCUGCGGGACUUGUACUGCGUAGUCGCCGUGGAUUCGCUGAACAAAGCCCGCACAAUGAUCAGGACUGGGGCUAUAAACUUUGAUUGGGACGAAGCUUUUGACAUCGAUCUUGAAGAUUCUAAAGAGGCAUCUUUUCUAAUCUAUCACUGGGACGCGAACUAUAAGCACCGACUUUGUUUCCAUGGUUCUGUUCUUCUUCCUGGGUUUCUCCUUAGUGGACACAAACGUUAUGUGGCUAUUAAACUAGAACCGAAAGGAAUCCUGUUUGUGACUCUCCUGUAUAAAGAACCCGCCUUAAAAAACGCCAUGUUUGGGAUGGAUCUGGAGGCGAUCAUACUUCGAGAAAAUUCCGGGCUGAACGUGCCCCUGCUUGUGUACAAGUGCGUGCAGGAAGUAGGCAGACGCGGCCUGGACACGGUGGGGAUCUACAGGUUGUGUGGCAGCUCUAGAAGGAAGGCGAUUCUCAGAGAGGCGUUCGAGACCAACGUCCAGGGAGUGGAUCUGUCACCGGACAAUGUUUCCGAUAUUCACGUAAUCACAGGUGUGCUGAAAGAUUUUCUGAGGGAACUUCCAGAGCCGUUGUUCACAAAUGCCCUCUACCAGAUGUUGCUGGAUGCCCUGAGUGUACGUCUGCCCUGUGACCCUGAGGGCAGUGCCAAACUCAUGCUCAGUAUCUUAGAGUGCCUUCCAUCUGCCAAUCAGGACACUAUGGCCCUUCUCCUCAACCACCUUCGCCUAGUGGCAGCCCACAGUGACAAGAACAAGAUGCCAAUUGACAAUCUGGCAGUUUGCUUUGGGCCAGUCCUUCUCUGCCCAGCCCCUAGAUCUACCCCAGAUCUGCCUCUGGAUUUCAGGAAACACUUCGAAGUGUUGAGAUACCUCCUCGAAAAUUUGGGAUUACAAGGGCACUACAAGUAUAGGAGAGGACAAAUCACCAACUGCUGA